GUUUUUAAGUCAGUUUUUGCUUUGUUUGUUUACAAAUAAGAAAUAAGGUAAAACGCAUUUGAGAGCGCUAAGUUUGAUUUGCGCAUUGGUUAUUAUUUGAAUGGCACGAUUAUGAGUACAAAGGAAAGCAAAAUUCAGCAGAUUUGUACUUGUUUAUCCAAUUUAACUAAUGGAAUCAGAGAUGGAGAAUCUACUGACAUACGCAGAACACAUAGCAAUGUAAAGACUACUUUUACUGAUGAACUUCGAGAAAAUGUACAUUCAACUUUCCAAAAAAUUGAAGAAUAUCCUAUUGUUAAGACCUUUGUUACAGAAUUAAUUCAACCAUGUUUUGGAAAUCAGUGUACAACUUGCAGUUAUUUGAAAUUUUUUCAAUUAUGUUUGGUUUUAUUAAGACUUCUGAAAACAGCUCUUACAGAAGAAGAAAUGCAAUCAGGUUCUGAAAAAAAUGAUAUAUUGAACGCACCUGUACCUAAGGCCUUACUUAGUAUAUCACAGCAAACUAUUUUGAAGAAAAGUUUGCAAUUUGUUGUUGCCUUAGGUAUUUUACCAAAUUUGUUAAGAGGUAUUGGUGUUCCUCUAAGCAAAAGGCUCAAACAUGCUAAAAUUUUAGAAAAUUUUACUUCAUCAUGCUCUUUUUAUCAGAAGCACAUUCAGAUAACUGUAUGUUUAGAAACAUUAAUCACUUGUUUGGAAUGUUCAGCAAUGCAAAGUUCUAUUUUAUCAUAUCAUGGAUCAGAUAUCUUGGCUGCCUUUCUUCAGUUGUGUUAUGCCCCUAUAAAGAAAGUUGAUAUUUCUGAGGAAUCAUCAGCAAAGCCUGUACCAAUUGGCAUAGAAAGUAUGUCUUUUAAAGUUAUGAUCAAUUCUGUCGAAGAUUCUUCACAGUACAGCGAAGCGCAGAUGUUGAGUGUAAUGUUGGCCCACCGUAAUUAUUUCAUUCCUUAUAUGGAGAAAUUUCUAAGACAAAUUUCCCAUUCUUUGUUGAUGUGGGAGCUCUUAAUAUUUCAAGGAUUUCCAAUCAAAUCAAAUGAAUCUGAUGUAGCUAUUGUCAAACCACCAGUUUGGUUAAGUAAAAUUUGCAACCAAAUGCUUACAGACUUGAUUCUUCAAAAUCAUGGGAUUGCAGAUUUGGUCCAAGUGGUAUUGGAUAAAGCUUAUGAUGCUGAUGUUCAAACAGGGAAAGUAGAUAAAGUAAGAAUUGAGGCUGUUGCAAGUUUGAUAACUUAUAAUCCAUUGCGACAUAUAUCACUUAAUAACUACAUACAAAGAUUAUGCAAACAAGUGUUUCACUUGCUCCAUCUAAAGGGCUCAAUGAUGGAUGGAUUACUCAAACAUGUUGCAUCUUGCAUUAUACUUCAGUUCUGUGAACGUGAUAUGAAAUCUGCUGAACAAUAUUUUUUUGAAGAAUUACUAAACCCUCUUAUGGAUUGUGUUCGCAUUCCAGCAAAUUUGUCAAAAGAUGUUCUUAUUAGUGAAAAUAAAUUGACAACAUCUAUAGAAGAUUUGCACCAAAUUUUUGUUGUUUCUUCAAAUCCUUUGAGUCAAAAAUACACAAAGUUGCUUUUUCCAUUUUUACAUUGUCUGUGCGAGAUGUAUUUUUUCCUAUUGAAAGGAAAAUCCUAUCUGAAAUCAAAAGUGAAAGACUUGAUCACAACUAUCUUUAAAAAUUCAAGUGAUGAAGAUGUUUUAUCAGUAUUUACAACUGUAUCUUUCCUAAACAAUAAAAAUUGUGUUUUAUAUAUUGCUAAAGUGAGUUUUGCCAAUGGGGAUGAAGGAGGAAUAGUGGCUGUGCCAAAAGUUGAAGAAGACUUUGCUGGUGAAACUAUACGCUUCCAUGCAAUUUUAGAAAUCCUGGGCGAAUUACAAAACAAGAACCUUAUCCGUUCUUAUAUUUUACAUGUUUUAAAAGAAUUUUGUGCUUUUCACUUGGAAUCUGAGGAAGACCUCACAAAUCCAGAAAGUUUAAAGACUGGUGUUGUAUUUAAUAUUCUGCUUCAAGAAUUAUCAGAAUGGAAUAUUGAUAUAGGCGAAGCCUUAAUGACAAAUAUUUCAGAAGUUAUUGAUAUAUUGAUGACCUUGUUAUCAAAUACUCUUACUAGCAAUAAAGAUUCUGCAUUUUAUGAAAAGAUUGUUUGGGCUAUUGUGAUGAUUUUAAGUUCCAUUUUUGAUAGUAUUGACAAGCUUACUUCUUCUGAUUGGACUUCUUUAAAGAAAUGUCUUCCGAUCUUUGAAAAGCUUCAGAAAUCUGAUAUUGAUUAUAAUUUAAAAGAAAUUGCUUUUACAAUUAUGGCACUUAUUUCAACUCAUGGUAUUGCUGGUAAAAAUGAUUUAGAUUACAUGAAAGAAUUCCAAAAGUGCUCUAUAAGUCCUUCUGCAAAUGCAGAAAUGCCUGAACUAGACAAAUCAUCUCCAAACAAUAGAGCCUCUACCUAUAGAUUAUGUAUAAAAGAUAUAAGAAGCGAUUUAGUGCAUAUAAAAGGACAUGGACUUAUUUCUUUAGUGAAUUUGCUUAAAGAAAGAGACGAUGAGACUGUUCAAAAUAAGAAAGAAUUAUUAGAAACAUUGAUGAAAUGCUUGGAAGAUGAGGAUUCUUAUGUCUUUUUACCAACCAUACAAGCAUUAUCAGAGCUUGCUUUAAUAGAUUCUGAGCUUGUGGUCCCAUUUAUCAUAAAUAAGUAUCAAACAUGUGAAGAAAAGGCUAUUGUUUUAAAACUUGGUGAAGUUCUGCUGAAAAUAUGCAAUGCUCUUGGAGACUCUUCCUUAUUUCUUUAUAAAGAUAUGUUACUUCAUACAUUUUUGAUUGGAACAAAGAAAGAUGACCCUCAGAUUCGUGCAUCUAGUCUUUCAAAUUUGGGACAAGUCUGUAUGUGCCUGAAAUUCCAAAUUACAGGUCACUGGGUUCAAGAGAUACUGAACUGUGUAUUAUCCUACCUAAAUACUGAUCCAGAUUUGGAAGUGCGUCGUUGUGCUGUAAUGGUAGUUUAUCUUUUAUUAAAAGGUGUUGAUAAAGAUAUGCUUAAGGUAUUAGAAAAUGAAGUAAAAACUAUCUAUACAAGAUUAAGAAUUCUGUAUGAUGGAGAAACUGAUGAUGUAACACGUCUGCAUUCCCAGCUUGCUUUGGAAGAAAUAAAUGAAAUAAUGAAGAAGCUGCUGACACCUAAAAUAGAAAUAAUAAAAGAAAUUCGUAUUUUGCGAUGAACUUUUACUGUUUUAAUAUUAUGUAUAUUAAAUUUAAUAUUUAUUUUUUUAAAAAAAAUAAAAUUUGUAAAACUUUAUAUAUUUUCUUUUAUUAUCCCUUGCUUAUUUGUGUAAAUAUUAGUUUUAAUGCUAUCCAAAUGUUUUAUGGGUAGCCAGCUAUUCUACUGAUGAUAUGCAUAAAUAUGUGUACUGCUAAUUUGAAAUUAGUAUAGAUAAAUCUAGGUUUCAAAAUUUUCUGGCUUUUUUUUUCUA